AUGAGUACACCUGCAGGAAUCUGUCACCCAACCGAAUCGUGUUGCCAUGUCACUUGCACCUACCACGGGCUCAGUUUCUGCGACCCGGAUGAGCCGGUUUUUGGCAAUGUCGGUCGAACUAACCUCGAGGGCAGGAUCGAAGUUCCUUGUCCUUCAAAUUUCUUCCAAAUCUCCUGCUUUUGA